GUGUUGCUGCACCGCGCGACUGCGCCGCGCCGUCGACGCACCGGAACGCUGCUACGGAGACGGUGGGGUACUACGGACUGCGAGGCGAGCCCCCACCGCGGCUGCCUCGUCCUGCCUCCGUCCGCCCGCAAGCAACAGGAGGGAAUGCCCGAAUGCCCGGUGUCUGCAGGGGGCGCUUGAAAACGUCCGCUUCUGCGCUCACGCGUCGCUCGGAGACGGCGGUGUGUGGUGUUGCCAAAGCGUGCCGUCGUCGUGUACGAGAGAAGGUGCUGCGGCUCGCUGUUCGGAGUUUCUCGGGCGAGCACGUGUCCCGCGGAUAACCGAGAUCCUGCGUGGUGCGCCAAGAUCACUCUCCCUUCCCGAGCGCGGCUUGAGGCUGAUUGUGCGGGGCGAUAAUCGCCAAGACACGUGACGGGGUGCCAAGCACGAUAGGAAACCAGAAGCGCACAAAGGAAGGCUUAGUUUGCGCGGCCUGAACCGUAGCACGUCUUACAAUGGCCCUCAAACUAUAUCUAAUUGGAGUCUCACCAUUUCACCCCGUCACCGAAGUAACGAGGACUGACCAAGGAAGCACGCGAAGAAAUAACUUACAACAACAACAAAUGCCAAGACCAUAUGCGUAAGCGCAGUUUGCCGCUCGAACGGAAAGACAGAUUGCUGAGGAGCGAUACUGGUCUACGGACAGAACCAUGACGUAGCUUCGCAAGAACCGCCGAUUCCCCAGCGGCGCGCAACGCAACUCGAGGAGAGCGCCAGCAGCAGCCGCCAUGGCCAGCAUCAACAGGCCGGAACUACGCUUCGCUUAUCGGGUCUUCAUCACCGUGAACAUCCUCCUGGCCGUCUACAACAUGAUCUGCUUCCAACUGCCUCGCAACGAUAUCAAGCCCUGCAUACUCGUCAUUGCCAACUUAUCGCAGCAAGAUGCCGACUCGGAUCCCAAGGUGCCACCAUUACAGUCAGUAGCGGCCACGAGCCUCAUAAAACCCCAGUUCCAGAACAGGCAGCCGCUGCAGUCCAAGCAGUCCACAGCGCGCCCUGUGCCGACCAAAAACGCCGCUUCGUUACCGGUGUCUGUGACAGCGGUAGCGGGUGGCGGAAAGUUCGUGAUCCACGGGGAUUUCAUCGCGGCCGACGAGUCGGUGCCCUUCAACGAAAGCGUCACGUUGACCACUCAAGCGACGCACGAGUUUCUGCAGCACGCUCCGACACUGUGCAGUCAUUGGCAGGGCCCCGUGUCAGUGGCCGCCUACUCGCCGGGUACCGACUACGAGAUCGUCCUCAACAAGAUCGCGUACCUGCGGCAGUGCGGCGAUCCCUGCGUUCGCGCCAACAUGACGUGGCACAUUGUGUACGACCGCGAACAUCGGCCGGCUCGCUUGCAGAACGCGACGGACUUCUUGGCCUCCUGGAACGGGUCGUGCUCCUCGGACGUCAUGACGAGGGAGUACGCCGAGUACCGUAAGGCUCACAAGAUGACGUAUCCCAUCAACGUGCUUCGCAACGCCGCUCGGACGCGCGCAAAGACCAGGUACGUGUUGGCGUCGGACAUCGAGCUCUAUCCGAGCGGGAACAUCAUCCCGAGGUUCAUGCGGCUGCUCAAGCAACCCAACCUCACGCAGCCGCACCAGGUGUUCAUCCUGCCCAUCUUCGAAGUGCAGGCCAAGCAGACGGCUCCCCUAACCAAAGACACGCUGGUGAAGAUGAUGCGCAACAAGACAGCUAUAUUCUUUCAUAAGUGGGUGUGUGAACAGUGUCAGAAGUUCCCAAAGAGGGACGAGUGGGUGCUCUACGUUCCCGACGAGGAUAAGUUGGGGAUCCUGACCACCACGAAAAGGGACAAGACGAAACGCUCGUGGGAACCUAUAUACAUAGGCACCAACGAUGACCCUCUCUAUCCCGAAGCGCUCACGUGGGAAGGCAAGCGGGACAAAAUGGCACAGAGUUAUGAGCUGUGUCUGAAGGGCUACGACUUCCACAUCUUGGACAACGCGUUCCUGGUGCACGCUCCUGGCAUCAAGACCAUCAUAGCCAAGGAGGAACGGAGGCGCGUGCCGUUCGUGAAAGUGAACAAUGCCCACCACGCGAGGCUAAUGAACAGCCUCAAGGCCAAAUAUCCUAAGCUCGCGAAAGACUGUUGACCCUCACCACAAGCUCGUCGUCCUUCUGCCAUAGCCUGCCCUUGGGUGUUCCGAUUCCAGCCUUACGUGGUCCGCUCCUCAUUAUGCACGUGGCGUACGCCUAUACGCUGCGACCGCGCAUGCGUGAUGCCCAUUUGUCCCCAAUAUUAGCUGUCAAGUGUUGAGCGUAUAUAAAGUUUGACCUACGUCACGUUAAAAUGGGAGUGACAAAAAUGUACUGGCACGGUUUGAACAUUAUAGAAAGAACGAAUAUUGGACAGAAAUCGGAACACCCGAAAAUUGUGCGCGCAACGUUUUUCGCAUAAAGGCAGAAAAAAGCUUGCAACCUUUUUAAAGGCAGGAACAACUGUGCAACGUGUUUAAUGCAAAAGCAUUAUUUGCCCCAUUACGCGAAAAUCCGUCGUCGUCGAACGACGGUGUCAGAAAUGGCCGAGGGUGCAAAGAAUAAUUUCGAAACAUGGUAAAAUAGUUUUACCUAAUUUGGGAACCAAACCACGGGCUGGUAUUUAUUACACAAAAAAUAUUGGGUAUGGCUUUAUUAAAACCAUGGACGUACCAACCGAGGGGGCAAGGGGGGCGCUUGCCCCCCCCCCCCCCCCGCCAGUUCUCAGAGUGGGGGGGGGGGGGGGGGGCAAGGCAUAUGCUUUGCCCCCCUGAAAAAGCCGCCCCUGGGCACGGCAAACACUACCCGUCGAUGCCUCAGGGAUACAAAGGGCACCGCCCCGGUCCUAAAGGGGGGGGGGGGGGGGUUCUGGUUUGCCCCCCCACUCAACAACAAGUUGGUACGGCACUGAUCAAAACCAUUAUUUUCGUGUAGUAAACGACUUUUUUUUCAAAGAUUGCACGAAGGGAUUUUUGGCCUGUUCUGAAUUCCCCUGCAGUUUUCGAUUUAUUUCUCGUACAUAGGUUCCAAACCUGAACUCCGAUUUUCAGUUCAUUCUUUUGGGCAUGUGUUCUGGCUUCAAAGCAUUUUCGCUCGCCGGCGUCUUUACAUGGUGUGCUCUAUUUUUCGUCUCUACGAUUACCCGGAUUCCACCAACGCUUACGGUGAUGCGCGGCAUGUUUGAAGCGGCGAGAAAGGAGGCCCUAUUGUUUUUAAGGGUUGUACUUGAGUAUUUAUUGUGUGCGAAUGACUCCGAAUGUUAGGUUGUGUGUCCGACGUUAAUAACGGGCGUGUAAUACGUGCGUCACCAUGUGUAUUUUUCAACUUUAUGAAGAGUUUACAAAUUUUAAAAAUUUAAUAGAGAAAAUAGGUAGAUGCGGAAACCUCUAUUAUGUGUUUACCUUUAUAUGAACACACGUCCUUCAGCGGCGAUAUAUGGGGCAUUUCUUCGCAUUUACAGCGUGAUUAUAAAAGUUAUUUGUUUUUGGUCUUUAUUUUUAGUCAUGAUUCACGCUGCUUGUAAUAUUCUCGAGACCUGUCCUCUGUUUAUGAUGCUGUUCCAAAGUGGAAUGUCUCGAACAUUCCUCGAAUCCUACGUAUUGGACUGUGGAGGCGCGGAUGAUGUGAUCGUUGUCUUUCAUCGCCACCCUUUGGCCUGCAUGUCUAUACGACGCGAGCGAAGAACUGGCAGAAACUGUGUUAGAUUGCAAAUAUUAUACAUUGUGAAUGUACAGAGGCCAUGCGCACGUUUUGGUUAAGACGUGUGUCAAUAGAAACGUUAAGAUAUACCAAAUAAACCUACGCAUUUUUGUUUGCUUUA